CAUCUCGUUCGCGAAGCUAUUGUGUCUUGAGCUUCAUGCAAAGCAAGUACAGAUUUCAAGUUGUGUAGAAGCACCUUUACAAGGAAAUGUGGGUUAAUAACCCUUUUACUUGUUAUAUUAAUUUCUAUAAGGUAAUAUAGUUUUUAGGUUUCAAUAUACUCAUCUAAUUGAAUUCGUUUAAGUUCUGCGUUGUAAACAGCAUCAUAUGGGUUGUUGAAUCUAGGGUGAACUUCAUGAAUGUUAAAUGUUGAUAAACAGUAAACAAAGAGUUUGUUAUUUAUUUUAUUGUUCAACAGUGAGUACCUAUUAAGUAGCCAGUCUUAAUGUAAAAUAUGUUUUUUUGUUUAUGACUGAGUUGAACAAAAUUUCUGGAAAAUGGAAGAAUCAGAUUCUGUGAAUGCAGAUAAUCUUGAUGUACAACAAGAACAAAUCGAGGUCCCUGAAGAACAAAUUGAAAGAUAUGAAGAGGUUAUAAUAAUAGAAGAUCAAAAUGAGGGUGAUGUACCUGAAGCUGCCCCCGAGAUAGAAGUUGACGUUGAUAGAGUUGACCAUGACAUUCCAGUGGAUCAAGAAGUCGUUAUAGUAACUAAUGAAGAGCCACAAAGAGAUGAAUCUGGUAGUCGGGUCAAAAGAAGAAAGUAUGCUGAAAUCAGUAGUAGCCCUGGGGGAUUGUCUGAUGACAGUAUAGACGCUGACCAGAAAUGUUCAAUUUGUCUCGAAGGCUGGAGUAAUUACGGGGAUCAUCGCCUUUGUUGUUUGAGAUGUGGCCAUUUAUUUGGACACAAAUGUAUCAAACAAUGGUUGGAGCAGUUUCAAAAUGCUCAGUCUCGCCGCUGUCCAGAGUGCAAUACAAAAGCAACAAAAAAAGACAUUAGGAUAUUGUAUGCCAAAAAAUUAUACUGCCUUGAUAAUGCCGAAGAAGAGAAAUUAAAAGAACAGUUAAAAGCUGCAAAUAUUCAUAAGGAACAAAUUGAAAGACAAUUAAUAGAGUACAAAACAAAGGUGAAAAUGUUCGAGUAUCAAAUCACCUCGAUGCAAAAGCGAAUCGAUGAUUUUGAAAAUGAAAGAACAAGACGGUUUCAUCAUUCUAACACGAGUUCCAUGUAUCAUGAUACUCUGCUUCUUCAAAAAGAGCGGUCCUUCACCAUUUGUGAGAGGGCGGGUUGUCGAGUAAUGGCAUAUAAUCCAUGGCACAAUAUAUUAGUGACAUCUUUAAAAACAACUCAUCCUUUAAGAACCGACCACGGAAUUAGUAAAAUUAAGUUAGACACAUUUUCACUUAUGCCCUACCGCAGUGUUCAUAAUGGUGCUAUCAGGGAUUUAGACUUUCAACUUGAUCAUCCCAAUAUUAUGCUAAGUGCGGGUUUUGACAAGCGAGUUAUCUUGACCGACAUUCGCGAUAUAUGUCGGGAAAUACAUCAUUACGAUGAAAACGCUCAGCUCUGGAGUUGUGCUUGGUCUAGGGAAUAUCAUCACUAUUUUUUUGCAGGAACACAAAAUGGAUGUAUUGUCAAGUAUGAUAUUAGACAAACGGGAACAUCAUUGGAAAUAAUACAAAAUCCAGAUGACAGUUCACCUAUCGUCUCUUUAGCUUCCGUGCCUCACAAUUCACAUGGAACUUUCAGAACAGGAGGACUGCUGGCUUGUCACUUAAAUACUUGUUAUGCAUAUACUGUGAAAGAUGGCAUCUAUCAAGGAAAUAGAAUGAAUCUUGAGGGUCCGUUUAUGUCGGUGCGUUACGAUGAAAAAAACAACAAUUGUCUGGUUUCCUGUCGUUCAAAUACGAGACAACAGCAUGUUCGGCAUUAUGUUUGCAAUGUGGAGAGAAAUGAGGAGGAUGGCUUUCAGUGUAAUAUAGUUCACACGUUUCACGCAGGCGAUGCACAGAGAAUUCUCUCAAGACCCUGUCAUAUGUAUUUACAAGAUGAUACAUUAGUUGUUGCAAACAACGACAGUACGAGUAACGUUGUUCUCUGGAGUGUUUCCACUGGGAAAGAGAUGUUUAAAUUACCUGUACAUAAUUCCGUAGUAGACACGUGUUCUUUCGAAUUCAACAAUAGGUACCUUGCUAUUUUAACGUUAGAAGACCUUCAUUUGUAUAGUCAAAAAGAAGAUGACCGGUGAAUAAUUGAAUGCAUUGUAAAUUAAACAUCCAGCACAAAUCUAUUUUCAUCAUUCUCCAAGACGAAUGUUUAUUUUCGUUUUAUUUUUUUCUAGUUUACGAAAAUUAAUUCUUUACAAAAUUCAUGUAUAUAAAAUAUAUAAUCUUGUAAUAUAAGAAAAGAUUUUUUAUAAAUACUUUUGAAAAUGAA